CCGGAAGUGGCUGUUUGGGCUACGUGGAAGUAGCUGCAGACUCGGAGCAUCUUCUGCCUUCAACCGUCAUUUUCGGCCGUUUAAAGAUGAUUAAAAAGUUUGACAAGAAAGAUGAGGAGUCUGGAAGUGGAUCAAACCCUUUCCAGCAUCUGGAGAAGAGUGCCGUGCUGCAGGAGGCUCGCAUCUUCAAUGAGACUCCCAUCAACCCACGAAGAUGCCUCCACAUCCUCACCAAGAUCAUCUACCUUCUCAAUCAGGGAGAGCAUUUUGGGACCACAGAAGCUACUGAAGCUUUCUUUGCAAUGACAAGACUCUUCCAGUCUAACGAUCAAACCCUGAGGAGGAUGUGCUACUUAACGAUCAAAGAGAUGGCAAACAUCUCUGAGGACGUCAUCAUCGUCACUAGCAGCUUGACCAAGGACAUGACUGGAAAAGAGGAUGUUUACAGAGGACCUGCCAUCAGAGCUCUCUGCAGGAUUACAGAUACCACCAUGCUGCAGGCCAUUGAGCGCUACAUGAAGCAGGCGAUUGUUGACAAAGUCCCGAGUGUAUCGAGCUCCGCUCUGGUCUCGUCACUGCACAUGGUGAAGAUGAGCUACGAUGUCGUGAAGCGCUGGGUCAACGAAGCCCAAGAAGCAGCUUCCAGCGACAACAUCAUGGUCCAGUACCAUGCCCUCGGUCUGUUGUAUCACCUGAGAAAGAACGACCGUCUGGCCGUGACCAAGAUGCUCAACAAGUUCACCAAGUCUGGUCUCAAGUCUCCCUUCGCCUACUGCAUGCUGAUCCGCAUCGCCAGCAAGCUGCUGGAUGAAACAGAAGGAGGUCACGACAGCCCCUUGUUCGACUUCAUCGAGAGCUGCCUGAGGAACAAGAACGAGAUGGUUGUGUAUGAAGCGGCUUCUGCCAUCGUCCACAUGCCCAACUGCACGGCCAGGGAGCUGGCGCCGGCUGUUUCAGUCCUGCAGCUCUUCUGCAGCUCUCCUAAAGCCGCCCUGAGAUACGCUGCAGUCAGGACCCUCAACAAGGUGGCCAUGAAGCAUCCGUCAGCGGUGACCGCCUGCAACCUGGACCUGGAGAACCUGAUCACCGAUUCCAACCGCAGCAUCGCCACGCUGGCCAUCACCACGCUGCUGAAGACGGGGAGUGAGAGCAGCGUGGACCGGCUCAUGAAGCAGAUCUCCUCCUUCGUGUCCGAGAUCUCCGACGAAUUUAAGGUGGUGGUGGUUCAGGCCAUCAGUGCUCUGUGUCAGAAGUAUCCCCGGAAACACAGCGUCAUGAUGAACUUCCUGUCCAACAUGCUCAGAGAUGACGGCGGGUUUGACUACAAGCGGGCCAUCGUGGACUGCAUCAUCAGCAUCAUCGAGGAGAACCCAGAGAGCAAGGAGACGGGCCUGGCCCACCUGUGUGAGUUCAUCGAGGACUGUGAACACACGGUUCUGGCCACCAAGAUCCUGCACCUGCUGGGGAAAGAGGGCCCGCGCACGCCGCAGCCGUCCAAGUACAUCCGCUUCAUCUUCAACCGCGUGGUGCUGGAGAGCGAGGCCGUGCGUGCAGCCGCCGUCAGUGCUUUGGCUAAAUUCGGGGCUCAGAAUGACGAUCUGCUGCCGAGUGUCCUGGUUCUUCUGCAGAGGUGCAUGAUGGACAGUGACGACGAGGUGCGAGACAGAGCGACGUUCUACAUGAACGUACUACAGCAGAAGCAAAAGGCCCUGAAUGCAGCAUACAUCUUCAAUGGACUGUCCGUGUCGGUUCCCGGGCUGGAGAAGUCUCUCCACCAGUACACGCUGGAUCCCUCAGAAAAACCCUUCGACAUGAAGUCGGUGCCUCUGGCCACCACUCCCAUCACAGAGCAGAAAACUGAAAUCGCUCCCGUUGCCACGAGCAAACUCCCAGAAAAGCUGGCCCCGUCGCGCCAGGAUAUUUAUCAGGAACAACUGGCGUCCAUCCACGAGUUCCAGGGUCUGGGCCCGCUCUUCAAGUCCUCCGACCCGGUGCAGCUGACGGAGGCCGAGACGGAGUACGUCGUUCGCAGCAUCAAACACACGUUCGCCCGACACAUGGUGUUCCAGUUCGACUGCACCAACACGCUGAACGACCAGCUGCUGCAAAAGGUGGUGGUGCAGAUGGAGCCGUCCGAGUCCUACGAGGUGGUGCAGUACGUCCCGGCCGCCAGCCUGCCCUACAGCCAGCCCGGCUCCUGCUACACGCUGGUGCGCCUGCCCGAGGACGACCCCAACGCCGUGUCGUGUACGUUCAGCUGCACCAUGAAGUACCUGGUCAGAGACUGCGACCCCAACACCGGAGAACCGGACGACGAUGGCUAUGACGAUGAAUACGUGCUGGAGGACCUGGAAGUGACGAUCGCCGACCACAUCCAGAAGGUUCUCAAACCAAACUUCGGAGCAGCGUGGGAAGAAGUGGGAGAUGAAUUUGAGAAGGAAGAGACUUUUGCCCUGUCGUCCGUGCGAACCCUCGACGAGGCCGUGGGUAAUAUCGUCAACUUCCUGGGAAUGCAGCCGUGCGAACGCUCGGAUAAAGUUCCAGAGAACAAGAACUCCCACGUGCUUUUCCUGGCCGGUGUGUAUCGCGGAGGCCACGACGUGCUGGUCCGAGCGCGGCUGGCUCUGGCCGACGGCGUCACCAUGCAGGUGACGGUUCGCAGCAGCGACGAGUCGGUGGUCGACGUCAUUCUGGCGUCUGUGGGUUAAAUCAGCUCAAAACCUCCAUCCCCACAACCCCAACUUAAUCACUCUGCAAUUUAACGUAUGUUAUCGUGACAACUACAGAUGUUUUAUAAUCUAUCACUUGUAUCCUUCCUGGUUCUUUUUCCAUUUCUUUCAUGGUUGUCAAAACUGAAAUAAAAUUGUCAACACAA